AUGGCAGCAAGUAAAGGCAACAUAGAGAUGUUUAAAAUAUUGGCUGAUCAUACAAUUCCUAUCAAACCAAUAUAUGAUACAUAUGAAUGUAUUACAGCUGCAAUUCAAGGAAUGCAUCCAGACAUGGCAGUGUAUUUAUUGGAAAUGAAUAAUUACAAAUUCAAUGUCAACAGGUAUCACAGAUACAAAUCAAUCAUACCAUUCUCGAUAAAUGGUAGUUUAUCUAAACACAGCCAAUCCGAUUUAAUCAAACUUGCAAGAUUAUUCGUUGAUAUUGUCAACAAUAACAAGAAUGAUGGAAUCACCAUGGACAAACUUUUUAAAAAUUAUUUCAUUAAUCUCCUCAUGUCAUCUCAAGAUAUAGAGUCGAUCAAAUACGCUAAUGGACACUUUACUCGAUUGAAGAUGUAUUAUCAGUAUUAUGAUGAAGAAGCGAAUCAUUUCGGUCGACUUGCUCAACUAUCAACCAAACAAUCACGUUGA